AUGGUCUCUACACGAUCUUCCAGCGCUGCAAAACUUGGUAUAGCUCCGCCCAGAGCAGUGAAGAGACGCAAAUUGGAGGUAGAGGAGGAUAACGCGGAGGCCACAGCGGAGCACGAGGCUAUGACAUCCGAAAUGAACAUCAUUGUGCAGACUCAAAGAGUAGCUGAGACGAAGAAGAAGACGGUCGGACCAGCAUUGACGGAGGAAGUACCCUUACAGGAGACCGUGGCCAAAGAAUCGACAAAGAAGAGGACAAGAAAGAAGUCUGCACCGAGCGAAUUUCCAGAAGAUUACCCGAGGCGUGUCAAUUCCCCAUGGAAGGUUGGCGCGCAUGUUUCUGCUGCAGGCGGUGUCGAGAACGCUAUCCUGAAUGCUGCGAGAAUUGGCGCGAAUGCAUUUGCGCUUUUCCUCAAGUCCCAACAUAAAUGGGUUGGGCCACCCUUCUCCGACGACUCGAUAUCAACGUUCAAUUCGCGUCUGAAGACGUUUGGAUAUUCCCCACAUCACAUCCUUCCGCACGGAAGCUAUCUCAUAAACUUAGGGAACCCAGACGCAGAGAAACGGGAGAAGGCGUACCAAUGUUUCCUGGAUGAGCUUCAGCGGUGUGAGCAGUUGGGCUUGCUAUUGUAUAAUUUCCAUCCAGGCUCAACCGUCGGCCUCGCCACUCCAGACGAGUCGAUAGGCUUCAUCGCAGAGAGUAUCAACCGCGCUCAUAUGGCAACUAAGAACGUCGUACCAGUAAUUGAGAACAUGGCUGGUGCAGGCAAUGUCAUCGGAAGCAAGUUCGAAGAGCUCGCGGGUAUCAUCGCAAGAGUAAAAGACAGGUCCCGGGUGGGCGUCUGUCUCGAUACCUGUCAUAUGUUCGCCGCUGGCUAUGACAUAAGGACCAAAGAAGGCUGGGAGUGCGUUUUGUCUGAUUUCGACAGGAUUGUUGGCCUGAAGUACCUCCGCGGAAUGCAUCUCAACGACUCCAAAGCCACGCUCGCAUCCAAGAAAGAUCGCCAUGAGAACAUCGGACUUGGCGAACUUCGUCUCACCUCCUUCGCACAUAUUCUUACUGAUUCGCGCAUGCAAAACAUACCACUCGUGCUCGAGACACCAAUGCGCGACGAUCAUGAAGUGUGGCGCACAGAGGUCGCAGCCCUCAAUCGUCUGUCCAAUACUACUAAUUCAAGAGCAAGUACAACGACCGGCCCAUCUGCUAUUGACGAAAGUAUUACAGUGGGUGAGGCAGAGGUGAGAUCGAUGGUCGCAAAGCACGGUGGAGGGAAGGAGAAGGGUACGAGCAAGGGGAAGGACAAAGCGAGACGUGGCAAGCCGAAGGAGGUCGCGGAGAAUGACGCGGAAGAAGGCGAGAGGCCCGUAGAUACCUUAGAGGAAGUAGAGUUGGCCGUCGAGGUGAAAUCGAAGGGUACAAAGAAGGAGAGAGCGUCGAAGAAGAAGCGUGGGUAA